AUGGCAGCUGAACUCAAAAUCCCGCGCCGAUUCCUAUUCAUCGCCUCGAUCGGGAACCCCCGUCCAUACCGCCAAACACGACACAGCGCGGGACAUAUCCUCCUCGAUGCACUUGUCCCUCUGCUCCCCACUAGGAUGCCUCUGGUAUCUGCCAGACAGCCAUCGGCGGGUCCCAUCUUCUACAAAACAUGGUAUAGCCCAUCCUACAUGAACGAGUCUGGGACGAAGCUGGUCCGACAGCUGAAGAACUGGAUGUCUGCCACACAAACCGACGUGCUGAGAGGAGCAGUACAGCCCGGGGAUGUUGCGCUGCCGAGAAACCUGGCAGUGCCAUCGCCAGAGAAAGCAGAAUGGCAAGUACGGGGCGUUGAUCCGUCCUCACUAAAGACUUUCCAACCUACCUUGGUAAUCUUACACGAUGAACUCGAGGCGCCAUUAGGGAAGGUGAAGGUGAAAAGGGGUGGGCCCGAGAAGGCCAGUCUACGUGGUCAUCGCGGCUUGAUCAGCGCCAUGGAAAGUCUCCGUGGAAAGGGCCUUUAUCCACCACGGACGGGCCAGGCAGCGCAGGGAGUUGACGGCGGUUUGUCCGUCCUCCGUGUGGGAGUUGGCAUUGGUCGCCCGUCGACGCGAACCCGGAAUGAUGUUGCAGACUAUGUCCUCACCGAAAUGAAUGCCGCUGAAUUGGCCGCUGUCCGUGCAGCCGCAGUGCCUGUCUUGGAUAUACUGGCAGACGAACUCUAUCGAGCCAAAGACGACAACUGA